AUGUCCCUCGCACGUCUUUCCGCUUCUGGAUCCCUUCGCGGUACACCAUCUGGAUCUCCUCUUCUCCUCCGUCUUGAGCUCAUCAGGCGCGGCCAAAUACACAAUGUUCGCCCUCUCGUCGCCCAUCGCUCCGUGACUUCUCCACAAUGUCGGUCCCUUCAAACAACAUCGAGGACGUUGGUAGACAAGAACAACACCAACAAGAAGUUCUCGCCUCAGCCUCAGCCCGUUCCCCUUUCGCAGAUCCCUCGUCUCAUACUUGGGGCUGCUAUGGAGAACCUCCGUGGUCUCAAGAGGAAUUUUCGAAAUGGUACCUUCAAGACUAUGCUACGUCAAAACCCCGAAGAGCUAGUGUUUGCUCUUGUCUUGCUUGCUGCACUUGCUGUUGUCAUGGUGUAUAUUAUUCGCCUUUACUUCACCUACUUCUACUCGGAGCAGUUCACCAAAUACCCCCCUCCUGUUGCCAAAGCUCUGCGCCGGGCAUUGUACUACAGCAACUACCACCCCGAUCAGCAGAUGGCCCUCAAGUACUGGAAGCAGGCUCUUGAGCUGUGCGAUGAACUUCACCUCGAUAAUUUCUCUGAUGAUGUCAUGGGCAUCAAGAUUGAGCUUGCAGCCUGGCUCGAGAAGAUUGGGAGCUACGAGAACGCGGUCAAGGUGCUGGAGAAUCUCUCGGGCGACUGCAGGCGUUGGGUUGACCUCAUGGAGAAGAACGUCAAGGAUGGAGGAAAGAUUCCACCAUCGCUACUACCUCCUGUGGCACCCCAGGAUCCAGCUGGCCAGUCUCCCGCCGCCAAAAAGCCCGAGCAGGAGGAAAUUCCUGAGACGAUUUGGGGAAGACGGACGCGCAUUUGGGCAAGUCUGCCGGAGGAGGCUCACGAACGCUUGAUCUGGUCCGUCGAAACCGCGCUCAACGAGCUCCGUAGACGGACUGUCGAGGGACUUAAAGAGGGAGAAGGCAAGUGGAUGAGUUCGGAGGAAAUCGGCGGUGCCUUGGAAUCCCUGGGGCACAGCUACGAGACCAAGUCGCAGUUUCAUCUGGCCCUGCCGCUCUUUUUCCAGGCUCUUCGGUUGUCUCAACACCAAUGCCACAGCGCCACUAUCAUGAACAACAUCGCCAUUUGCUUUGCGCAGCAUCCUAUUAUGCCAGCUGGUCAAAGUCAAGUCGAUACCCUGAUGGGCGAAGAAGUGGCUUCCGCAACACCUGCCCAGAAAAGAACCGCCUAUCUCGAGGCAGCAAAGCGCUGGGCAAAGAACGCUCGACAACACGCGAAUGAGCCAAAGGGCGAUGAGCGGACGCCCGAAUGCGAUCAGGCUUGCGCUACCUCGUUGUGCAACCUUGCCAGCAUUGCACGCUUGACCGGCAAUGUCAUUGAGGCUCGUCGGUUGUUCGAAAAGGCAAUUGAGAUGAGCAGAAGCCUCGAGUUUGAGGAGGGCGUGAACCAAGCCGAGGAUGGCUUGCAGGCGCUGUCCAAGUCGUCGUAG